CAUAAGCAAAUCCAGUGUGUAUUGUUUGAGCGUCAAGUAAACGCCUCAAGACACUGUCAUAGGGACUUGUCCCUUGGACCGCUCAAACAACUCUCUUCGCCCCACGCGACUUGCCCCAGAACUCAAACCAACCGCAAUCUUUGAGGUUAUAAACUGCACGCUGUAUCACAUCUUGCCAAACCCUUUGCGGGAACUGAAGCCCGGUGAGAAUGGUUCGGCCAGCUGAGCGCGAGGAGGUCGUCCUCAUCACCGGCUGCAGUGAUGGAGGCAUUGGCGCCGGCCUGUGCGCCGCCUUCCACGCGGCUGGCUGCACCGUGUACGCCACCGCCCGCCGCAUCGAGUCCAUGUCUGGUCUGGUGGCGGCGUGUCCGGGCGUUAAAACCCUGGCGCUGGACGUGACGCAGCAGGACUCGGUGGCGGCGGCGGUGGCGGCGGUGCUGCGGGAGGCGGGGCGCAUCGACGUGCUGGUCAAUAAUGCCGGCAUGGGUCUGGUGGCCCCGCUGAUAGAGGUGGACAUUGACAAGGCCAAGGAGGUGUACGAGGCCAACGUGUGGGGGCUGCUGCGGGUGUGUCAGGCCGUGGCGCCCGCCAUGGCGCAGCGCCGGACCGGGACCAUCUGCAACGUAGGCAGCGUGGUGGGCUACUUUGCCACCCCCUGGGGCGCCAUCUACUCCUCCUCCAAGGCCGCCGUGCACUCGCUCACAGACGCAAUGCGGCUGGAGCUGAAGCCCUUCGGCGUCAAGGUGGUGCUGCUGGCUCCAGGCGCCGUACGCUCCAACAUUGGCGAGAACAACCUCAAGCGCUUCGAGGACCACUUCAGCUCCAUGUACGCGCCCUUUGCGGAGGCCAUUCGGCGCCGUGCCACUCUGAGCCAGCAGGGCAACUCCAUGCCCACAGAGGUGUUUGCGAGGCAGGUGGUUGCCACGCUGCUGGGCUCCAGCCCGCCGCGGCACUUCUCACUGGGCGGCUUCGUGUGGCUGACCCAGUUUGCGCUGUGGUGGCCCAUGUGGCUCCGUGACUGGAUGCUGGCGCGCCGCUUCCAGCUGAAUGUCGCGCUGCCGCCGCCGCAGCAGCAGCAACAGCAGCAGCAAGAGCAGCUGGCGGCCUCCGGGGCGGUGGAUAAGAAGGCCCAGUAGGAGGCGGCAAAGCGCUCGCAUGCGUGCAGUUGGGGUCCAGAGCUGGAGCAGGAGCGGGCAAAUCAAGUCAGGCAGCAAUUGAGUGGAGUUGAGUGGAGUUGAGCGUUUCUUGAGUUUGAUGGAGCAGGUCACGACACUCACGAGGCAUAAAUGACUAACAUGUGGAGCACGUGCCGGCGGGGAUUCCCCAGGCACAAUUAAAUAUAUGUGCUGAUGGAGUGUGAUGUGAGAGAUGCAAUGCAUGUUGAGCUUCAGAUUGUUCAGGGAUUGCAUGGCGUGUGUCAUUGGAGGUCCAGGUCUGUGGGUUGCAGGAUGCGUGGGACGUGUAGGAAGUGUCUUGCGGAAGGUGCAUGUAGUGGAACAUUGUAUAUUCAGCCAGACUGCCGGGAGGUCGGGGUUGAAAGGAGGUGGGCGAAUUGUAAGCAGGUUAGCAGGGUGAAUGGAGUCGGUGAUGCGGCGGCAGUGGAGCAGGCUGUGGAGCGGCGAUGCAUGAUGGCACAGAACACUUGAACCCUUUCAAGCCGCCAGCAGCUAACCGCGUGACGCUCAAGGUCUCAACUCUCAAGUGCUGGUGGCCUGGUGGGUAAGGCACCUGCUGAUGGGCCCUGGACCUUGCAGCCACGUCCACGGCACUGGGCAUGUCGCCGGACGGGGCCCCCUGACCACAAGUGGCCCACGGGCUAGGGCAGACGGUACCGGUGUGUGCAGGUGUGUGCAGAUCAGAUAGCCCCUUGG